UAUAAGUUGGUUAUAUACUUAUUUUAAUUAUAUCUAUCAGUAUUCUCAUAUAUAUUUUUAGUGUUUUGCAUAACAUUGCUCUCAAUAACGUAUGCGACAUUAUAAGAUACGAUCCGGUGUGUUUAAUGAAAUAUUUAAAACAUUUCUCAUACACUUUUCUACGAGCUGUACAAUUACAUGUUAAGAGCAUUUAUAAACAAACUUUUUUAGCGCAAAUGUAAAUAUAUUUUGUUAUUUUCUUCGUUCACGUGGAUAACCUCACUUCCAUUCACAAUGCAUGAACUAAUGUUUGACCUAUGUUUCAUGUAAUAACAUAAUAAUACAUUGCAGUAUACAUUGUAUAUUUUGAAUGAUGUUACAUUAGAUUUAAAUUUGUUAUAUUAAUUGAAAUCAAUAUGAAUUACGGUAAAGUUGUUGUAUUUCGAAGGCAUAAACUUACCUCAAAGGUGAUAAAUUCUCUUAAUAAUGUAUUGCAUAAAGUUCAGAAUUUUGAAACACCGGAGAAACUAAAAGGAACAUUUCUUGAACGAUGGGGAAUAUAUUGGAAGAGUGUUUGUAUAGAUUAUACGAACACAGUAGUAGAUACUGUAAAUCACUGCAAGGAACGUCCAAUAAAAGCUACCAUAUAUGCUACACUUUUAGCAACCGGUGUAUAUUUACACAAACAUAAUCCAGAUGAAAGUUCCUUCAGAGAACAGUUAUUACAAAGUACUAUAAAAAUAAUGCAAAUUGGAGAAGCUGUACGAAAUCCAGUGUCUGAAAAACAUGUAAAAUGGUUAGGACAAUGUUACAAUGAAGGGAUUGUACGACGAAUGAAUUUAGACAAUAGCUGUGCGACAAGGAAUAUAAAUCAACAUUUUAUUUGAAUAAUCAGAAAAUGAUUCUGGUUGGGUAAAAUGUUGUAUAC